GUACCAACAGAAUAAGCCACGCAGUUCAAGGGGCACAUGAGGGUGGAAUAUUUGCGCUGUGUAUGCUGCGAGAUGGCACAUUAGUAUCAGGAGGUGGAAAAGACCGAAAGCUGAUAUCUUGGAAUGGAAAUUACCAAAAACUUCACAAAACCGAGAUUCCAGAGCAGUUUGGUCCAAUAAGAACAGUAGCAGAGGGAAAAGGGGAUGUUGUAUUAAUAGGAACGACUAGAAACUUCGUCCUACAGGGCACGCUAUCCGGAGACUUUUUCCCAAUUACCCAGGGUCACACUGAUGAGCUUUGGGGACUUGCAGUCCAUUCCUCUAAACCUCAGUUCUUCACUUGUGGACAUGACAAACACAUUACGCUCUGGGAUGCUACCACUCAUCGUCCUAUCUGGAACAAGAUUAUAGAGGAUCCAGCACAGUCCUCAGGUUUUCAUCCUUCAGCAUCUGUUGUUGCAGUAGGGACGCUAACUGGAAGGUGGUUUGUGUUUGACACAGAAACAAAAGACUUGGUCACUGUACACACAGAUGGGAACGAACAGCUGUCUGUAAUGCGUUACUCACCAGAUGGAAACUUCUUGGCAAUAGGUUCCCAUGACAACUGUAUUUAUAUAUAUGGCGUAAGUGAAAAUGGAAGAAAGUACACUAGAAUUGGCAAAUGUUCGGGUCAUUCCAGCUUCAUUACUCAUCUGGAUUGGUCUGUUAAUUCACAGUAUCUUGUGUCUAAUUCAGGAGACUAUGAAAUCUUAUACUGGAUCCCCUCUGCUUGUAAACAAGUUGUGAGUGUUGAAACAACGAGAGAUAUAGAGUGGGCCACUUACACCUGUACUUUAGGAUUCCAUGUUUUUGGUGUAUGGCCUGAAGGUUCAGAUGGAACAGAUAUCAAUGCUGUCUGUCGAUCCCAUGGGAGAAGACUGUUAUCAACAGGGGAUGAUUUUGGCAAAGUACAUCUCUUCUCAUAUCCAUGUUCACAGUUUAGGGCUCCAAGCCAUGUGUACGGUGGACAUAGUAGUCAUGUAACUAAUGUAGAUUUUCUCUGUGAAGACACCCAUCUCAUCUCCACAGGCGGAAAAGAUACAAGUAUUAUGCAGUGGCGAGUCAUUUAGAGGAAACAUCAGUGUGAACAUACACAGUUGGUUCGACCAUGCACAGAACUUAUGUAUAAACUGUAUAUUUAAAACUUAACAGUAUGUUUGCAGUUUAGCCUGGUCACUGUGAUUUUUGUUUAAAAAAUUCUUACAAACCUCAGGAAAAUUAAGCCCUGUGCUGGUUACCUUACUCAGUCUAGUGAUUUUUUUUUUCAUUGUGUCACACCUUAAGAAUGAUCGUUUUCUCUUCUGUUGUACAAUAUACAAUGCAGUACAAGUUUAAUAUAAGAAAUGUGGCUUGGCAGUUUGCAAUACAGUGGUAUCAGCGGAAUGUGACUAUCUUAAAUGUUUCUAUAAACACUGCUAAAUGGUCACAAAAAUGCCUUUCAAAGACUGUAUAUAUGUGCUUAUUUGUUUCACUAUCUACACUUUGUACUGUAUAUCUACUUACUUAGAAAAAUCUAUGACAGUGUUGAGGUACUGAAUUGUUUCUGAUGGAGGAUGAUGAAUACAUGCAAAAAGUAUAAACCGAGAUGUAAGAUGCAAAAAUUAGUGUUUCAGACCUGAAAAUGUGAAUGCUGGUAAAUUUGCAUUCUCUUGGGAAUAGCACACCAUGGGUAUCACCGGUGAGGAGUUGUGUUCCC